AUGGCCGUCCUCUCUACCCUCCUCCACGCAACCUCAUUCUCGCGUCCGUUCCUUUCCACGCUCGUGCCAUCCAUAGCCCUCGCCUACGCCAUCCAGGGUGGCGUUGCCAUCCCCUCCAUCAUCGCUCAAACAGAGCGUUUUUAUGACCUCUCUGGCUCACUAACUUACCUCUCGUGUGUGGGCUUGUCCCUCUACCUUCCCACCAUCCGUGCCCGCUAUGCAGCUUCUGCUGCAGGCAAGGUGUUACCAGCUUGGCCGAACCUGUUGGCUGCAUUGAAGGGCGGAGCCAAUGCCGGCGUCAAUUGGAGGCAGAUCGUUCUGAGCGUUGCGGUUAGCAUUUGGGCUACAAGGCUGGGUUCCUACCUCUUCUCCCGCAUCUCCUCCGACUCCGGCCGCGACUCCCGCUUCGACAACAUUCGCCAAUCCCCUCCCAAAUUCCUCGGCGCCUUCUUCGCGCAAGCAACAUGGGUCUCUCUCUGCUUGAUGCCCGUCCUCGCUAUCAAUUCUCUUCCAGCCUCGACCUUUGCCGCCUUGCCUGCCUUCGUCGGUGUGACUGACAUCAUCGGCUUACUCCUCUAUGUAGGAGGGCUCAGUUUCGAAGUGGCGGCAGACAGGCAGAAGAACCAGUGGGUGCAGGAUAAGAAGGCCAAGAAGCAUGAAGAGGAUUUCUUGACCAGGGGCCUGUGGGGGAAGAGCCGACAUCCCAAUUAUUUCGGGGAGUCGACGUUGUGGACGGGGAUUGCAACAUUGUCAGUCGGCGUGCUGGCUAGUGGGCCUGGUCAAGUGGGAAUGGGUCUGGCGGGAUGGGGUCUGCUAGGAAAGGUCGCGGCGGGAGCCAUGGCAGGGGUGAGCCCCGCUUUCGUCACUUUCUUGCUGUUGAAGGUCAGUGGGGUGCCGUUGAGUGAGAGCAAGUACGAUAAGAGGUACGGGGAUAGGGACGACUAUAAGAAGUGGAAGGAGGAGGUGCCGAUGUUCAUACCGAAGAUCAAGUAA